AUGGCGGCACCGAAUAAUACUACGACCGCAGGGUGGUAUGAUAUCGACCAUGAGACAUUAAAUCUCAUUAUCCACCUCCAACAGGACGAUAUACGACAAUUUGCUGCACUUGACAACAGCGAGAAUGUCCAAGGGAAUGCUCGAGGAGAGCUUUCGGACGUAGAACUAGCAAUUCGGUUAUACGGCGAAGAACUUAACAAUGCAGCCACCGUUGCAUCUGAUAGACGUAUAACUUCGAGAAUGAGACGGGAAGAAGGGGUAGGUUAUGAUACAGUAUCUGAACCCGAAUCUGAUGGCAGCGAUGAUAUCAUUGAAGUAAGACCGUGUCUUGCUUGUAAUGACAUGACAGAACUUGCCAGGUUGGUAGAAGCACCUUGUGAGCACGAGUAUUGUCUUCACUGUCUAGAACAGCUAUUCCGGAACGCCACAACUGAUGAGACACUCUAUCCUCCACGCUGCUGCCGCCAACAAAUUCCCCUUGAACCUAACCAACGAUUUCUUCCUAAUGAUCUAGUCACGACUUUUCGAGAAAAAGCAGUCGAGUUUUCCACACCGAACAGAACAUACUGUCACCAGGCAACAUGCUCCGUAUUCAUCCAUCCUGAUACGUACGUCAACAACGUCGCAACGUGCCGUACCUGUCGAUCUAGCACAUGUAUCACGUGUAAGAGGCAAUCUCACGACGGUGACUGUCCCCAUGAUGAAGAUCUACAGCAAGUUAUAAGAUUAGCCCAAGAGCAAGGAUGGCGGCGAUGCUCUAACUGCCGGUCGAUGGUUGAGCUAAACACCGGUUGCUACCACAUCACUUGCCGUUGCGGCGCGCAAUUCUGCUACCUUUGUGGACGACGCUGGAAAACAUGCGUCUGCGUCCAGUGGGACGAAGAGCUUCUAUAUCACCGCGCGGCGGUAAUAUAUAAUAGAGCCCCCAACGCGAAUGUACGCCAAGUGGCUAUGAGGAGAAUUCAAGACCUCGCGGAGGAUCUGAGACAGAAUGAUGAGUGUAAUCACCACACAUGGCGCUCUACGAGGGGACGUUACUACUGUGAUAUGUGUGGCGAUCGUAUGAGAUACUUUGUGUACGAAUGUCAGGCGUGCAGUACUAUGGCCUGCCGCAGCUGUCGGUAUAAUCGCCUGUAGAGGAAAC